AUAGUCUUAAUGGUACUACCUCAUGCGAUAAUAAAAUAUUUACUAUCGUUGAUCCACCUAACACAUAUUAUGUUUUCACUGAUCCUGGUACCAAUUUUACUGAUGGAACUAAUCCGGAUCUGCCCACUGGAUUUAAUUUCCGAUUUUCAGCCAAUAAUUCGAUUACAAAUGAUUCUAGCCUAAUCACAGCAUCAUACCCAACAAUAGUAUUUAUUGAUACAGAUUCUAUUACCAGUAGUAAUAAUGAUAAUAGUCAGUUGAGUGAUGCUCUAGUAGAACUUGGUAAUUUUUACUUACUCUCACCGAACCAGAGGCAAAUUAUGUGGUUAGAACGAGUUAGACAUAAAGAUUUUGAUAGUCGUACAAAACGUGGGGUUUUAUCAGUUGCAUCAAAAGCAAAAAAGAGUAUGGUUAAUUAUUAUGGACUUACAACAAAAAUUCAAACUCUUAACAUGUAUAGCCCGUCAACGGUUACAUCACAAUUCAUCUCUACUCUUGAAAUUCGUAAUCAAUCAAAUAUUGUGACUACUUAUGCGGAAUCAGA